AAAUAUUCAUAUUGACCUUUUGAUUUGGUGGAGGAAAUGAUGGACCACUACCUUCAAUUUAAUUCUAAAUUCAUUAUCACAAUUUAAAUUUUGGGACAACCUUUCUUUCUAUCAUCUCAUAUUUGUACAUGGACUCUCUCUUCAAUCCACCAUAACUUCUAACCUUCCCCCCACUGCAAUAUCAAACUCAUUUCACUUCUUGUCCAAUCUAGUCUCAGCCUACCUAAUUUAGAGCACUCACAAUCUCUUUUUAUUUUUUUCAUUUUUAAGUUUGGAAUUGGUUGAAAUGUUGCUGCUGGAAUCUUCUCUACAUCCGGCAAAGAUGGCCAUGUCUAAUAUUCUUGGUAUGUUUUUAUUCAUGGAAAUGUUAGCGAGUGGUUUUAGAUUUGGAGUAGAUGGGCUGAGCAUGGACUAUUACUUCAUGAGUUGCCCAUUUGCGGAGCAAAUUGUGAAGAACACAGUUACACGUGCUUUGCAAGCUGAUCCUACCCUAGCAGCUGGCCUUGUUAGAAUGCAUUUCCACGACUGCUUCAUAGAAGGAUGCGAUGGGUCUAUCCUUAUUGAUUCAACGAAGGAUAACACAGCAGAGAAGGAUUCCCCUGCAAAUCUGAGCUUGCGAGGCUAUGAAGUAAUUGAUGAUGCAAAGGAGGAACUUGAAAAUCAAUGCCCAGGCAUAGUUUCAUGUGCUGAUAUCCUUGCAAUGGCUGCUAGAGAUGCAGUUUUCUGGACAGGGGGUCCAGUAUAUGACAUACCAAAAGGAAGAAAAGAUGGAAGGAGGUCUAAAAUAGAAGAUACAAUCAACUUGCCAUUUCCCACCUUCAAUGCCUCCGAGCUCAUUAGGCAGUUUGGGCAGCACGGUUUCAGUGCCCAAGAAAUGGUUGCUUUGUCUGGAGCACAUACUCUAGGGGUGGCAAGGUGCGCAUCCUUCAAAAAUAGACUGAACGGUGGUGAUCCUAGUGUGGAUUCAGAGUUCGCAAAGACAAUGUCAAAAACAUGCAGCGGUGGAGACAACGCAGAGCAACCCUUUGACCCCACCAGAAACACAUUCGAUAAUUUUUAUUAUAACGCGCUCCAAAGGAAAUCUGGACUUCUUUUCUCAGACCAAACCCUGUUCACUAGUCCCAGGACUAGAGCUAUUGUGAACGGCUAUGCAUUUAAUCAAGCCAUGUUCUUCUUUGAUUUCCAGCAGGCAAUGCUCAAAAUGAGCAUGCUUGAUGUUAAGGAAGGAUCCAAAGGAGAAGUUCGAGAAAGUUGCCGCAAAAUUAACUGAAAAAUUUUACAAUAUGUGCAAUGACUAAAACUUCUUGUAUCCCACCGUUUAAUCUGUUGAUUAUUGUAUCAUUGGAUGCAUAUAUAUAUAUAUAAAUGUAUUAUUUGUUUUAUAUAUAUA